CGGGGCGAGAGAGCGGGUGCGAGUGCGGAGCGCGAUGGGGCAGAUCGAGUGGGCCAUGUGGGCCAACGAGCAGGCGCUAGCGUCCGGCCUGAUUCUCAUCACCGGGGGCAUUGUGGCCACCGCUGGCCGCUUCACCCAGUGGUACUUCGGCGCCUACUCCAUCGCAGCCGGCGCACUCGUGUGCCUGCUGGAGUACCCGCGCGGCCGGAGGGCGAAGGGCUCCACCAUGGAGCGCUGCGGACAGAGGUACCUGACCGCCGUGCUCAAGCUCCUCGGGCCCCUCACCAGGAACUACUACUUCCGUGCCGCCCUGCACCUCGCGCUGUCGGUGCCUGCCGGUUUCCUGCUCUCCACCAUCCUGGGCACCGCCUGCCUCGUCAUCGCCAGCAUCAUCUACCUGCUGGCGGCAGUUCGUGGUGAGCAGUGGACCCCCAUCGAGCCCCGGUCCAAGGAGCGGCCCCAGAUGGGGGGCACCAUCAAGCAGCCACCCAGCAACCCCCCUCCUCGGCCUCCCGCCGAGGCCCGCAGGAAGCCCACGGAGGAAGAUGUGGCGGGGUCCCCCCCAGGCGGCCCUCAGGUCAACCCUAUCCCUGUGACGGAUGAGGUGGCAUGACCGUCCUCUCUGAGCCCAGGGAGGCCAUGUGCUGCAAUAAACACAGUGAA